AACCUUCACCGCGAGAACGGGCGACGGGUGAUCGAGAUUAAUAGACAGUCCUGUCAGCAGCGGUCUCCUCAUCGCAACCAGCGACCCAGCACUGUCCAGUCUGUCCUGAGAUUGCAACCUGCGUGGGCCAUCGGCCAUCGUAAACCGUAUUGUGUAUCGAUAGGGCGUGUGACUGGUGGACAUCUCUGCAAAUAUUGCGUUCACUGAUCGAGUGAACGAAUAAUCGGGGAAAAGGGAGCUGGCGGUGUUGGGACCUAGAGACGCACGGAAUGAGAUAAACGUGCAGGAAACCGGAACCCUAAGGCAAAACCGAAGAACACAGAAAGAUAUUUACUUGCCUUCCAGAUCUCAAACACGCGGUCGGACCCAUGAGGAGCACGAGGGGAUGGUGGAUCGUCCUUGGCGGCUUCACCCUGGUUUAUCUUGGAAAUGUUUGCUUAGCAAACGAGGUGGAAAACGAAUCCCCCGCAAAAGAAGUGAUAAGGACCACUGAAGCUAGCGACUUGGCAAAUCAAGAGCAGCCGCAGCCGCAGCAUCUCUGCUGCGUGAAACAUGAAAGAACGAUCGAAGUGGGCCACGGUAUGUCCGGCCAAAUGAUUCAGGUCGACGUUGGUCACUGCCGUAGGCUUUGCCCUCGGCACGUUGUGAACGACCCAGGGGACCCCGGUCGACCGGCGAUUCAGAGAUGUCCCGUCGAUUGGCACUGCCGUCCGAACGCGGCCAGGCUCGAGAGGGUUUCCACCCUCCAGGGCGUCCGCAUCAUCGAAGCCGUCGAUUCCUGCGAUUGUACACCCAAGCAAUCCUGCACCAGAGAACCCUACACUCACGUCGUUUAUCCCGGAACACCCCAUCAAGCUGAUAUGGACGUGGGUAUGUGCAUGGGACGCUGUUCGAGCAGGGGCUUUGGGUGUAAGCCUUUGAGAAACAGAACAAUCAGCAUUGUCGGUCCGAAUGGUGACGAAGUUCAUCAAGUGAUCGAGGCGUGCGGAUGCAGCGGUGAUUGCUACAGGAUGACUCACAUCGAGACUGUCUUGGACUUUAGCGAGAUUGAAAUAAAAAACGGGACAAACUCUGCGGAGGUCAGGCCUCUCGUUAGGGCUAUCGACGUCGGUCAGUGCGUUGGUGCUUGUGCAGGGAAGGAGACUGAGACUUGUAUGCUGCGGGACAAGAAAGACCCGUCCAGGUGUCUCGCGGGUCUAUAUUCAAAGCAGCAUUCUUGCACUCCGGCCAGAUUUAAAAUUCACGAGUAUAGAUCUCGGAGAGGCGCAAUGAGAGAAAUAAUCGCGAUCACACAGUGUGCUUGUGUCUAAAUAUGUUAUUGCUUCUUCUUCAUCACCUCGGAAAUAAUUGGAGACCAACUUCAAGUCUACAGAAAGAUGCGACGAAAAGAAAUUUAUGAUUGAGCAAAGGUAGGAUUGCACUGGCCACCCCAUAAAAAAUGAUCAACAAGCAUUUCGG